UGUAUCCUAUACUUUUGAGAAGAUUGAUAACGACACUCAAUCAAAAAUGGAGCAUAUUAUGAAGUCAUUGGCCGGCAAACAUGGUGAAGCCAACAAGAAGAAGAUCAAGGGAACCGUAGUUUUGAUGAAAAAGAAUGUGUUGGACUUCACUGAUUUCAAUGCUUCUAUUGCUGAUGAAGUUCAUGAGUUGCUAGGCAAGAAAGUCUCUCUACAACUCGUCAGUUCUGUUAAUGGUGAUCCAGAAAAAGGACAGCAAGGAAAACUUGGAAGUCCUGCAUAUUUGGAAGGUUGGAUCACUACAAACCAUCAUCUAACAGUUGGUGAAUCAGUUUUCAAUGUCACAUUUGACUGGGAAGAAGAGGUUGAAGUUCCAGGAGCAUUCAUCAUUAAAAAUCAUCAUCAUAGCGAAUUCUUUCUAAAGACGGUGACUCUUGAAGAUGUACCUGGACAUGGCCGAAUCCACUUUGUCUGCAACUCUUGGGUUUAUCCAGCUAAAAAGUACAACCAAAAUCGUAUUUUCUUUUCAAAUCAGGCAUAUCUUCCGAGUGAUACACCAGAACCACUGCGCCGAUACAGAGAAGAAGAAUUAUUGACCUUGAGAGGAGAUGGUACUGGAGAACUCCAGGAAUGGGACAGAGUCUAUGACUAUGCUUAUUACAAUGAUCUGGCGGAUCCAGACAAAGGUAGCGACUAUGAACGCCCGGUCCUUGGAGGAUCCACGGAAUAUCCUUAUCCCAGAAGGGGAAGAACAGGCAGACCACCAACAAAGACAGAUCCAAAUGCUGAGAGCAGGCUGCCAAUACUUUCAAGCUUAAACAUUUAUGUUCCUAGGGAUGAACGAUUCGGGCACUUGAAGAUGUCAGAUUUCCUAGCUUUUGCAUUGAAAUCCAUUGUUCAAUUGCUUGUCCCUGAGUUUAAGGCUCUGUGUGAUAGAACCCCUAAUGAAUUUGAUAGCAUUGAAGAUACUCUUAAACUCUAUGAAGGUGGAAUAAAGCUACCAGAUGGUCCUUUGCUCAAAAACAUUGUUGAGAACAUCCCCUUGGAGUUGCUCAAGCAACUUCUUCAGAGUGAUGGAGAAGAGUUCCUCAAAUAUCCAACUCCACAGGUUAUUAAAGAUGACAAAUCUGCAUGGAGGACAGACGAAGAAUUUACAAGAGAAAUGCUAGCUGGAGUGAACCCUGUCAUUAUUAGUCGUCUCCAAGAGUUUCCACCGAGAAGCAAGCUCAACUCUGCAGUCUAUGGCAAUCAAAAUAGUACAAUAACCAGAGAACAGAUAGAGCAAAGGUUGGAUGGCCUGACAAUUGAUGAGGCACUGAAGAUGAAUAGUCUAUUCAUUCUGGAUCACCAUGACACGAUUAUGCCAUAUUUGAGGAGAAUAAACACAACAAGUACAAAGACUUAUGCCACAAGGACUCUGCUCUUUUUGCAAAAAGACGGAACCUUGAAGCCAUUAGCCAUUGAGCUUAGCCUGCCCCACCCAAAUGGAGAUGAAUUUGGUGCGAUCAGUAAAGUAUACACACCUGCUGAACUUGGCCUGGAUGGUUCGCUGUGGCAAUUAGCAAAAGCUUAUGUUGCAGUGAUUGACUCAGGCAUUCAUCAGCUCAUUAGCCACUGGUUAAAUACACAUGCUACAAUCGAACCAUUUGUGAUUGCAACCAAUAGGCAGCUGAGUGUGGUUCAUCCAAUUCAUAAGCUUCUGCAUCCUCACUUCCGUGACACAAUGAACAUUAACGCUUUUGCCCGCCAAAUCCUGAUUAAUGCAGGAGGCAUUGUUGAGAUAACAGUUUUCCCUGCAAAAUAUGCCAUGGAGAUGUCAUCAGUUGUUUACAAAGAUUGGAUCUUUCCUGAACAAGCACUUCCAGCUGAUCUCAUUAAGAGAAAAAUGGCAGUCGAGGAUUCAACUUCCCCUUAUGGCCUUCGAUUACUAAUUGAGGAUUAUCCCUUUGCUGUCGAUGGAUUGAAGAUUUGGUCAGCUAUCAAAACAUGGGUGACAGACUACUGCUCUUUUUACUACAAAAGUGAUCAGAUGGUUCAAGAAGACACUGAACUACAAUCCUGGUGGAAAGAAGUAAGAGAAAAAGGGCAUGCUGACAAGAAAGAUGAACCAUGGUGGCCACGAAUGAAGACUCUCACUGAGCUAAUUGACUCAUGUACUAUAAUAAUAUGGGUGUCUUCUGCUCUUCACGCAUCAACCAAUUUUGGUCAGUGGCCAUAUGCUGGUUAUGCCCCGAAUCGCCCUACCAUAAGCCGCAGAUUCAUGCCUGAACCUGGUACUCCUGAGUAUGAAGAGCUGAAGUCUAAUCCUGAUAAGGCUUUCUUGAAAACUAUCACACCCCAAUUCCAGACUCUACUUGGUCUUUCCACCAUUGAGAUUUUAUCCAGGCACACUACCGAUGAAGUUUAUCUCGGACAAAGGGAGAAUGCUCAAUGGACAAAGGACACAGAACCACUUGAAGCUUUUAAAAGAUUUGGACAAACUCUGUCUGAAAUUGAGGAUCAAAUUCUACAGAUGAAUGGUGAUCCAAAGUGGAGAAACAGGGUUGGACCAGUUAAUAUACCAUAUACAUUACUUUUCCCUACAAGUGAUAGUGGUAUAACUGGCAGAGGAAUUCCAAAUAGCAUAGCAAUAUGAUUCCAAAUGCUUACAGCUAGAGUACAAAAUACAGGUGUGUCCAAAACUAUUUGCAAGCAGGUCAGAUAUCAUGCGUGACGAAACUGUUGCUUUCGUACACUUUAAACUUACUAUAUGGCAUUAAUCUGUAAUUCAAAUUGCUUGUGUGGCUCUAAAAUUGUAACUUCAUUAUGUAUCAUGUUAUUCAUUCAGUUAUUGCAUUUCCAAUAAUGAAGCAAGUCACAUAUUCUAAGUA